AUGGCAUACGCGACAGCAGGCGUCAAGCGCCCAUACUCGUACAUCGCCGACGCCCCGAUUGCCGCCGCGCCCAGACAGUACCACUCUCCGCCCUUCGCCGACUCCCAGCGAGACCAUGCCUACUCCUUCGACCGCUACGAGUCCCCCAAGUCGCGCCCAGGAAGCGUCCCGCCAACCCCAGUCUCCGCCCAGUCGCUGAUUGCAGCCCCGCGAUGUUUCUCUCCCGACGCCUCAAUCGUGCUCAUUGGCGUUCGCGGCACCGGCAAGUCCACGCUGGCCGUCAUUGCUUCAGCCGGUUUCCAGCGACGGGUCAUCGAUACCGACCAUGCUUUCCAAGAAGUCGCCGGCCAGUGCAGCUCUAGCUACAGGAAGACGCACGGCGCUGCCGCCCACAAUCAACGCCAACUCGACGUUCUCAGAACCGUGCUCGCCAAAUACGACAAAGAUUGUAUCUUGGUUUGCGGCACGAACUCCAUAGAGCGCGGUGCCCAGCUUCUGCUGCAGGAGUACAGCAAGACGCAUCCCGUAAUCCACAUCGUGCGCGAUUCCAAGAGUAUCAAGGACUACCUCAAGGUGUGGGAUGAGCCCAAAGUGGAGAGUCUUUUGCGCGCUUCGAGCUCCAUCUUUCGCGCAUGCUCCAACUACGAGUUCUACAACUACACCGAAAAACAGCAAACCAUUCAUUCCGACUCCCCCGAGCACUCCAUUGACGACAUGUCUUCCCGUUCUUCCCCAAGCGGUACUCGCUCUUCCCAAGAACCACCCCCAGGACAAAGAUGGCCAGCCUCGUUCCUUACUUUGAAAAGGGCCGAGAGGCACUUCUUGAAAUUUGUCACCCUAAUCAUGGCCCGAGGGGCUCUCCGCUCCCUAGAAUCAGCCUACCCUCUUUCACACGUACCCACUACUGCUCGCUCGUAUACAUAUGCUGUAUCUGUACCUCUUCAAGCCAUCCUAUCAGCGUCCCUGGAUAUGGAAGAGUUGGAAGUAGGCGCCGAUGCUUUCGAGAUCAAGGUGGCCGAUCACGGCAGUUUGGCUCACCCUGCUGGCCCAGCGCGACUGGAUCAGAUCAGUCAGGCUUUCUCCACUGUCCGGAGAACUACAGUCGUGCCCAUCAUCUACCAUGUAAUGAGAACAAGCUGCGGGACAAACAUGGGAUUGCCCGAGGAAGAUUACUUUGAGAUUGUCCGCCACGGCCUACGCUUUGCCCCUGAGUUAGCAACUGUGGACCUCGAGGCCGAUGAACAAUUGAUCACCCAGACAAUAAUAGCAAAGGGCGCAACGAAGAUCAUCGGAGACUUUCACAAAGGCUUGUCUACGGGGUGGGACGACAAAAUUUGGGUCGAAAUGUACGAAAAGGGCAGGAGGCUUGGAUGCGACCUCAUUCGCUUCACCCGUCCUGCUGGACGUUCGGAGGACGCUUUUGUCGUUCAUCACAUGAGGAGUAGAGUAGCGUCCUUGGAGGGCCCUCACAUCCCGCUUCUUGCCUUCAAUGUCGGCGACAGCGGCCGCACCUCUGCGUGCUUCAACAAGACUCUGACUUCCGUCACACACCCAGCCCUUCAAGAAUUUGUCCGGGAAAGGAACAUCGAUGCACCGCAUCAUCCUGUCAUCACCUCAGCAGAGGCAACUCGAGCCCUUUAUGCGUCCUUCGUCUUCGACCCGUUACGAAUCUACGUCAUAGGAGCAAAGGUCAACUACAGUUUGUCGCCAGCAAUGCACACGGCCGGGUUCAAAGCUUUGGGCCUGCCGCACACGUACAGCAUCCACCAAACCUCGUCGCUGAAUAACGCGCACUCGAUACUUUCAGACCCAAACUACGGCGGUUCUUCUGUCGGGCAGCCAUACAAGAUCGAAAUCAUAGCGCUCACGCAUUCUCUCAGUCGGCACGCGCGCGCAAUAGGAGCGGUCAAUACACUGAUUCCUGUCCGAAACCUCAAACCGGACGGCAGCAUCCCAGAAGACAUUGACCUGUUGCGCGAACGAAGUCAGAUCGGGCCGGUGAAGGCGCUGUAUGGGGAAAACACGGAUUGGAUUGGGAUCAGGGCGUGCAUCAGACGGGGCCUGUCUCCAGCGAAUGCUGUAGGUCCUCGAACCACGGCUCUGGUUGUGGGGGCAGGAGGAAUGGCGCGAGCAACAGUUUACGCGUUGCUGCAGCUUGGGGUGCGGAACAUCUUCAUCCACAACAGGACGCUGGCGAACGCGGAGAAGCUCGUCGCUCACUUCAAACGCGUGCUUUCUGGCAGCGGCACCGGGUCUCCGCCUCUUCUAUCGGCGCGGGAGAAUGCGCCGCCCACUCACUUUGGCAUAAUCAAAUCACGCGAGGAUGCGUGGCCCGAGUCGUGCCGGCAGCCGACCAUCAUCGUGUCUUGCAUUCCCACGAACUCGGUUGGCGACAGCCCUGCACCCGACUUCACGCUACCUCUGCAGUGGUUCAAGAGUCCGACAGGGGGCGUUGUGGUGGAACUGGCGUACCGCAAUCUCGACUCGCCGCUGCUGCGACAAAUCCGGUCCGAGAGCCACCGAGGAUGGGUGGCGAUGGAUGGGCUUGACCUUCUCCCAGAGCAGGGUUUUGCUCAGUUUGAGCUGUUCACAGGAAGACGGGCGCCUCGGCGGACGAUGCGGAUAGAGGUGCUCAAGUCAUACAGGGACGAGAAUGGAGAGACUGACCCAACAGUGCAGGCCAGACUGGAUGCGAGCAACGACUGGGAGCCAUGA